UUCGAUGAAAUGUUUGUCUUGCAUUGGAUCUGGUAAUGAAUUUGGACAUUUUAUGUUGAAGUUUGUAUUCUCAUUUGCGUUUGCGGAUAGUUUGGACAUUGUUUAGAUGAACUAGUUUUUCUGUAAUGCAGAGAAAGAUGUCCGAGAAUGUUAAGCUAUUUAUUGGUGGAAUAUCUUGGGGUAACAAUGAAGAGCGUCUCAGGGAGCAUUUCAGUAGUUUUGGUGAAGUGGUAGAGGCAGUGAUCAUGAAGGAUAGGACCACAGGGCGUGCUCGAGGAUUCGGUUUUAUUGUUUUAUCUGACCCCGCUGUUGCUGAGGAAGUCGUCAAGGAGAAACACAAUAUUGAUGGUAGGAUGGUCUAGGCAAAAAAGGCAGUUCCUAGGGAUGACCAGAACAUUAUGAGUAGAAGCGCUAGU